AUGCUCAGACAGUCCUCUCUCAGCGUUCGCACGGAGUCUCCAUCGAUUCGUCAUUCCUCAGCUACUGGACCCUCCUUUGGAAUCGCCUCACCUGACACUGUAUUUUUGCUGCGAGAAAGUACAACAAAGCAACAAAAACACGUGCUCAUUUUCGGUAUUUCUCGGGCGGUUCAAAACGUAGAUACAAUUUGGUUGGAAAGCUCACUCAAGCACUGCUCAUCAGACCAAACAGUGGUACUGAUUAAAUCUCGGAGAAAUAUCCCUGUUUGA